AUGAGAAAAGAAGACGGAGUAGUUUGGGAGGGAGAAGCACCUGGAGGUCAUUUGUCCCUGAAAACCAGGUGGUGGAAAGUGGACAAGGAACUUGCAGGUAUGUAUGACCUCGAGGAUUCUCAGACUCCUAUGAACCAAGCUUCAACCCGUUCCCACUGCAUUUUCACUGUUCAUCUAUCCAGCAAAGAGCCAGGAUCUGCAACGGUCCGACAUGCCAAGCUGCAUUUGGUUGACCUGGCUGGUUCAGAGCGAGUUGCAAAGACUGGAGUGGGGGGCCUGCUUCUAACAGAAGCCAAGUAUAUCAACCUGUCACUGCAUUACUUAGAACAGGUCAUCAUUGCCCUUUCAGAAAAACACCGUUCGCACAUUCCUUACAGGAACUCCAUGAUGACCAGUGUCUUAAGAGACAGUUUGGGAGGGAACUGCAUGACGACUAUGAUUGCAACACUUUCUUUAGAGAAAAGGAAUAUUGACGAGUCUAUAUCUACUUGCAGAUUUGCACAAAGAGUGGCACUCAUAAAGAAUGAAGCUGUUCUUAAUGAAGAAAUUGAUCCCAGAUUGACAAUUAUUCACCUACAAAAGGAAAUCCAGGAACUGAAGGAUGAACUGGCCAUUGUUACUGGAGAGCAGAGGACAGAGGCGCUCACAGAAGCAGAAAUCCUUCA